AUGUCCGCGCUUGUGCGAGCAGUAGGCCAGUCAGGUCGCCGUUAUGUUGUUGAGCGAAUCCUCCAGGAGAAGCCCAUGCCCCUUGACCUCGGCCGCGUUUAUCUUGCUAUGUCCGGGGACCAGAAGUACGUCUUGAAAAGUGUGCAGCCGAAAUCGUUCCAGUAUUUUCAGGAUAUGUUCAACGACAUCCGGAACUCUCCCUACUUUCCCUAUGUCCGUGUUGCAGACGACUCCAUUCCCGACAAAUCGAUGUUCGCAUAUAAAUACCUUAAAGAUCACCUUCUUGGCUUCGUUCAGAAAGACGUCCCGCUCCCCGUGACAAAGCGUAUACUGCGCGACGCCCUGCGCGGGAUCGCCGCGAUGCACGACAAGGGCAUCGUUCCUGCCGACAUUAUGGCGAACAAUAUCAUGGCGGAGUGGAACGAGAAGGAUGGCGAAGUAGUAGUGGAACAGGUACAAGUGGCCGAUGUCGAGGAUGCUGCCUAUGUACCCGAUGACUGUGUUAUCGAAGGAAGGCAGAUCGGAAACUAUAUGUGGCGGAGUCCAGAGGCCCAUGCGUCAGGCCAAGUAGAAGUGGCGACCGGCUCGUGCACGCUACCACCUCGUGCACGGUUUCCCCGUGCAUGCAUCACGAACUUCAUAAACAUAUACAUUCACUCAUAUUACUCAGAACCUUAUAGAAAUUAA